CCUCUAACCACGCCCCGCGCAAUCGCUAUCCGGUGGAGGGGCGGAGCCUCAUCGCUGUCAGAGAGCUUUAGAGGCGUGGUCUAUUGACUGGCCGGUGAUCUGUCACUAACAGAGAAAGUAGACAGUAUCGAGCUUUACGCAGACUAAAAAGCUCGUGGUAUGUGCAUGUGCGUAGUUGACAACGUGUGUACGUGCGAACGCGACUUUUCCCAUUUCGUGUGACAGUUUUUUAAAGUUUGAAACGAGAAUUUUUUUUAGUGAAUCAAAAUGUUGGAGUUUUAUCCUAAUUUGAACUUGAAUCCAGCCAUGUUGCCGGAGCGGAAUGGGUUGAUUGGAACGGAUUGUAUUGGACGAACAGAUAAUGGACUGAUAAAAUGCGAGAAAGCCUGGUGUGAAAACAACAACCUCCAUAAUCCUUUAGAUAGUAGCCUAAUCAAAUGUGAGAAAACUUAUGAAAUCUGCGAAGGAUGUGGGCAGAAAAUUCACGAUAGGUACCUGAUGAGAGUGGCUGAUUCCAGUUGGCACGAGCAUUGUCUGUGUUGUUCGAUAUGCGGAGUUCUCUUGUCGCAUUCGUGUUAUACUCGGAAUACCAAACUUUACUGCAAAGCAGAUUAUGAUAGGAUAUUCGGAGUGAAAUGUUCCAGAUGCGGCGACAGACUUCUGCCUCACGAGAUGGUAAUGCGAGCCCAACAACACGUUUUUCACCUGCCAUGUUUCGCCUGUGUAGCCUGCGGACAACCUCUUCAGAAAGGCGAACAAUUCGUUCUGAGGGCUGGUCAACUGUUCUGUAGAGGCGAUUUUGAAAAAGAACUAUACCUCCUCCAGCAGGCCAGUUCCGGCGAUGACGAUUUAUUAGAUGAAAAUAGUAGGCCGCGCGACGGCCGACGUGGACCGAAAAGGCCGCGAACGAUUCUGACGUCAGCUCAACGCCGCCAAUUCAAGGCCUCGUUCGAGGUGAGUCCGAAGCCAUGCCGCAAGGUUCGCGAAGCCUUGGCCAAGGAGACCGGCCUCAGCGUGCGAGUGGUGCAGGUGUGGUUCCAAAACCAGCGGGCGAAGAUGAAGAAGAUCCAACGGAAGGCGAAGCAGGACGACGGGAAAUCGUCGAGCGAUAAAGAAAAAGGUGAUAAGGAUGAUAAGAUUAUUAAGCAGGAAUCUCCGAGUAGUGAACAUGGACAUUUUAUGGGUUUGGGGAAUUUGACGGGCGACAGCCAUUUUCAGUCUAGUCAACCGCUUAAUCCUAACGUUCCCUACUCGCCCGAUGACAACUACCCAGCCCACUCAGGAGAAAGUUUUUGCAGUUCCGAUAUCUCUUUAGACGACAGUACAAAUUUUGAUCAAUUAGACGAAGCAACUUCCGAUACGAUAUCGCUACAAAAUUUAGAAUUACAGUCACAUUCCCACCAUAGCGAAGGCGGUUCCACGUCUACCUCCACCUCCAUAGCCAAUCCCAUAGACAAACUUUAUCUAAUGCAGAAUUCGUACUUUAGUACGGAACAGUAGAAUAAAAAGUUUUAUAGCGUUUUAUCAAAAAAAUGGUGGAAUAGUGGAAUGAAUUUAAACCAGCUUACUUUCGAGUAACACAUUUUUAUGUAUAUUUCCAGUUGAUCCGUAAAAAUAUGCUGUUCACUAAACCAAGAACGGGAAAUUAGAAUUUUUGUCAAUUUUUUGGGGGUUUCUGGAAUGUUUAGAUACAUUUCAUAAAUGUUUAUAACCAAAUGAUUCUACAAGUUAUCGUGAUAUAAUGAUCGGCAACACUUUACAAAUGUUUUCCUAGAUAGAUACCUACGACUAUCUUUGAAAACCAGGUGGUAGGUAUAUAAAGCAAGCACACUGUUCUUUAUAAAUAGAAAAUAGCUUACCUGGAGGAAGUAGUCUAUCUCACAUAAUUUCACUUUGAAUGUUUGAAAAUUAUAUAAAAUUCGUUUCAUAUAUUCAAAACUAUCAAUAAAUGAAACGUCAAAAAGCAAUACUACCAACUUACCCAAUAAAAAUAAAACUGAAAAUAUAACUAAACUAAUACCCUCUAACAGUUAUGCAACCAGUUAUACACUGACGUGUAUUCAGUUUGAUCUACACUCUACAGCAAUUAUGUACUAAAUAUUUUAGAAUGAUGAUAUCACAACUGUCUGGAAAACAAAGAACAUGAAAGAUUUUCCUUUUAUUUGACCUUUCAUCAAUUUACAAUGUUAGAACAACUGUAAAGCUUUGUCUUUCUAAUAUCACACCAUAAUGUAUCUAGAUCUGGUAUCUAGGCAAACUUAAACGUACGACUGAUAACCUCUAGUCAUUUUUCUCGUUAUUUUAAUAUAUUUUAUAUUUGUUUAUUUUUUAUAUUUAUUUAUCUAAGUCUUUAUGAAUAGAAUAAUUGCGUAAUAUACAUUGUUUUUUUAAUGAUUGAAAAAGAAAAUGCCCUAAGCAAUAGUCAAUAUUGUCAAUUUUUAAUCAAUUACCUACCUACCGAUCCAUAUUAUUAUAAUCGCGUAUUUAUAGAAAAAUAAAUCACUAUUCAUGGAGAUCUUAAGAAUGUCGAUUAUUAUUUUUCAGAAAACUGUUUAAAAUUUGUAUAGUGGAAAAAUUAAAACUCUAAAUAGAAAUAGUACCCUGGCUGUAAUACUGCAUUUAUUUAAUAGGUUAGUUGGGUUUGUGUCGUUUUAUAAAAAUAAUAUAAAGGAGUGAUUCACAAAAAAAUGUUUCUAAGUCAGUCCGUGAUAACUAUUCACGACUUAAAUCCAAACUGACAAUUAAAAAGAAGAAUUGUACUCUCAGACAUGUGUAAAUAUCCAAGGCCUACUUUGGAAAUAUUUUUUGUGCAUCAGUUCAUAUUUUGUCUUUAUACAAUGAUUAUCUAGUUUUUCCUCUACCUUUUUGAGAGGUACCUACCUCUAAAUUUUGAAGAUUUUAUAUCUAAAGAAAAACCAAAAUCAAUGUAAAAAACUCGUUUUCUGACAAAUAAACUAAACCAAAGAUGUACGAUUACCAAUUUUAUUUUUAUUGAUUUGAAUAUUUGUAUAUAAAGAAAAUUUAUUAUGCGCGAAAGUGCGAGAUAUAUGUAUAUGAAUUUACUUAGAAUUAAAUGUAAGUGUAAAUAUAUACAACAACAUUAGUUUUUAUCUCAAAAUGAGUCGAAUUAUUAAUUGUGAUGAAAUGUUUUUGCCAAAUAUAG